AUCGCCCGCUCGCUCUCCCCCUGCUUCUCACUUUCACUCCCAUUGGUUUCAUGUCCUGUUUGCCAUGCGGAAAAGCUUUUAAGCUUAUCCAGCCCAGCAGCAGGGUUUAUCCUGGUUCCACCCACUGGGACUUUCCUAGCUUCCUUCUGCACAGAGAAGAGGGGGGGGGGGAAGCCAGACAGAGGCAGGCAGCACCUCGGGGAGCCCGGGGAGCAACCGUGCUCUUUCCCUGAGCUAGGUUUCUAUUGUAGGCGGUGCAUUCCUUGGGAGGGAGGGUGUGCGUGUGUCGGUGCCUUCCCACACUCCGGGCAGCUCUUAUUUAAUGAGGGUCUCCAUGCAGGGCAGACACCAGAAGAGAUUUUUGCCGUCCUCGGUUCCCAUCCAGGAUCAGCGGCAGCUCACACGCCAGACGCCGGCAUGGACGGCGUGGUCGAGAUAACCCCGGCGGAGGAGGCGGCUCUCGGGAGCAGCCAAGCCUCCAGGAUGCACCUCGGGAAGGAUUUGCGGAGGAUACGGUGCGCGGUGCUGCUGUGCCUGCUCUCCGUGCUGGUCCUGGCGCUGCCCAUCACCUACCUGCUGGUUGGAAACCUCCGAGCCCCCAGCUCCUGCGCCGGCCAGGUCACAGAAGAGAGGGGCUCUCGCUUUCUGAAGCAACGGGCAGUAACGACAGUUACAGAUACACUUGCCAGUGCGGAAAAGCCAAGAGCACACCUAACAGUGAAGAAACAAGAAGUCACCAACACCCAGGGAGACCAAAUGCCCAUCCUGCAGUGGGAAGACAAGCGAGGCUUGGCCUUUACCAAGAACAACCUGAGUUAUUCCAGCAACGCACUGGUGAUACCCGUGUCUGGGGACUACUACGUCUACGCUCAGGUCACUUUCCGAGGGCCCAUUGAAAGUAAAACCAAUUCUGUCACUGAGAUCAUUACCAAAGUCACUGAUAGUUACCCCGAACCCACCCAGCUGCUGACAGGCACCAAGACCCUCAGUGAAAAGGCAAACAGCUGGUUCCAGCCCAUUUAUUUGGGUGCUGUGGUGUCCUUAGAAGUAGGAGACAAGCUCAUGGUCAAUGUCAGUGACAUCAAGCUGGUGGAUUACACUAAGGAGCACAAAACUUUCUUUGGUGCCUUUUUACUGUAGGUCCCUGGCAGCAGCUGGGGGGGGUCCCUUCAGGGCCCUGGUGGGACCUCGUUGGCCCUUGGUUUUUGGGGUGCGUGUUGGGGUGCGAUCCCUGUGCUGUGUUCCCUCUUCUGUCCCCCGCAGCUCUCUGUUAAGGGUAGGGAAAGCUGAGCUGCAGGCUGAAUUGAAAUCACCAGCCCUUGACCCAUUAAAAAGAAAAGUCACAUUUUAAGAAAAAAAUGUAUUUUUGAAAGUAAAAACUGAGAGUUCUUCAAAACUCUGUAAGCUACAAAGGAACACUUUAUACCCGUGUUAGGAGUAUUGGGUUUGAAUAUUGCAGCUAGGUUAAUUCCACCUCUAAUGUACAAUUUCCUCUACCCUAAGUGUUUUGAACUUUCUUCAGCACUUCCAGUAUAGUUCUGCAUGACCCUUCUUCAGAUUCUUGGUUCUAAAAGGUAAUUACUUUUCAUCUUUUCCUUACUAAUAGGUUAGCUCAGUACUUUGCACUAACGUAAAGCUCAGAUUAAUCAUUAACAGUUUAAUUAAACCCUUCCAACUUCCUGGUAGGCUUGUAUAGCAAAUUUCCAUAAAAAAUGUAUUUAAAUCAUCACCACUUAUUGCCUGGUGUGCUGAAUGAUGGUAAAUACGAGUCUGGGGGAGAGUAGUGGUGAAUGCAGUAUCUUGCACACACAAAAAAAGCCUUCUAUGGGUUAUAUACAUACAUAUAUAUUUGUGUAUAUUCCCUAGAAGUUCCAGGAAGCCCAUUGGCAAUAAUGAGCCUUUUCUAGCACAAGGCAAAUAAUUUGUGCCCACCGCACACUAACAAUAAAUAUCACAAGGAAAAUUUUGCCCGUUGCAGCUCCAUUACAGACAUGACUCUCUUGAUCCAUUAUCCACGGCACAAAAAUGUUUACUUUAGUCCAGUUAGAGCCAGCUUUUGCACCCCAUCACACACACCAGCUUUUAGCACAUCUAGCACACUAGCACAUUUUAUAUGACAUAAAGUAAUAUAUCUGGCAUUACUUGUUUUAAAGUGGUGCAGGCAUAUUCACCCACACUUCUACCCUAGUGGAAAUUCUCUCUUUCUCCCUUUUAUCGCCCCUCUCAGUGCUAAUAGUGUUUCUGUAACAGUAAAUAUACUAAGUAUCAGGGGCUGAUUCUGACCCCGUUGUAAAUCAGAUAUUCCUCCACAGAAGUCAAUGGCAUGAAGUCAGAGUAAAGCCACUUAAGUGAGACAGAAGUCAAGCUUAAAGGGAAGUAUCUCAAACAGGCCAGCCAAGCUGUGGAGUCUUAGAUUUUUCUGAAGCUUAAUAGGGACAGAAGUGUUCUCGGAAAUUUGUGGUUAUUAAAUUAGGAAUUAGAAUUAAUGUAAAUAAUUUCUGGAGAUGUGAAAAUGCACGUGCAUCAGCAUUUUCAAUUGAAUUAGAGGAUGAUGAAAUCUGGUCACACAAACAAGUGACCUUUCAGCCUGUGGUCAAACUGAAAAUCUGUUUUGGUUUGGGCGGAUGUGAAACCAAAACAGUUAUAAGAAAAAAUCCAAGCUGGAGAAAAAGGGUGAAACAGGCAGCUCAUGCUAAUUGAGUUCAAAAUACAUUAUUUCAGGUUUUGACCCUUACAGAACUCAGGAGAAAGAAAAACAUACAAACAAACAACAACAACAAAACAAAACACCCACACUUUUCAGAAUAAAACCAUCGGUAAAAAAGUAACAUAUUUUUUUAUAUGAAGUCUUAUAAAAAUAUUUUCAUUCUUAGGAAUUAUCUUCUUCCCUAAUCUCUUUGACCCCCAGAAAACUAACACUAAAUAUAAUCCAAAUUCAUAAAUAGGUUCACUUACCUACCGCUUCCUUUUCCCCUAAAAACUAAGUAUUGGUAAAUAAGCAUUAACUUUUUCUCUGUGUACAUACAGAAGUAAAUUUAGAUCAAGCUAUAAGUCUCACAGCCCCAAUCUUACCAACAUAAACUUGUGCUGUACUUAGUCCUGAGUAUGUGGCUAAAAGGGUGUAAUUCACUUUAAAAGCAAGUUCAGUUUUCCUAUUUGGUGUAUGGGAUGAGUAAAAUCUACACAGCUUAAAUUAAAAGUGGAUAAAAUAUUUUACCUGUAUUAACCCUCAAUUAUAUCAUUAUGGGAACAACCCUCCAAACAAAGGAGCGCUCACAUAGACCAUCUUCAGCACGUGAAUGUUGGCAGGAUUAGGGUCUAAAGGUGUAAAGCUGGAAGUUAUGUUCCUUAACAAAAUAUAACCCAAGUGAUGAAAAGGACGCUGCUGAGAUGAUUUUGGAUAUAACAGUUCAGUGUAUUGUAUAACUGACCACACUGUGCUUUGUUGUAUUAAUCUCCUGAGUGGCCCAUCAUUUCAGAUGAGAAGUGAGGAGAAAAUUCAUUCUUUAGAAGAAUCAGAAAAAUGUCAAGAAUAUUUGCCCAGAUCUGGGUAUUAGAUACUAGUAUGGCAUUUUGCUAUUGUAAUGUAUUUUAAUAUAAGUGAUUGUAUAUUGUUUUGUGCUUUGGUACUGAUGUGUGUCUCUACCAGCAGAACUGACUUAGCUUCUUGUUUCCAAGUUCUAUAAUAAUAAAAAUUCAAGUUAACUGAUACGACAACUGCUGAUCCUGGUCCCCUUCCA